AAAAGGAAAUGUGGUACUCUUUCCUGCAAAGGUAUACCCAUUUGGCCAAAGAGAAGGACCAGCCCAAAAGCAUUUCCCUCGACAUCUUCACUGAGGACAUCAAGAAGUGUACCUCUCCUUUAACUAUAACAGUAAAAACCUCAGACACAGUGAAUGAUGUCAUCAACAUGUCACUACAAGUGCUAGGAGUAACUGGCUCUGAGGAAGAUUACCAGCUUUGGGUCACUUCUGAGAAGGAAAAAACCCUACAUCCACUCAUUGGGCAUGAACAUCCUUACGGAGUUAAAAUGAGCCAUCUCCCUGCUCCGUUCGUGCCCCAGGAACUACAGGAUGCAAUCUUUCCUUUCAUCCUGAAGCCCAGGCAGCUGUCCAGGAGCCAACAAGGUAGAGAUUCCUGCUGGAAGAGAUUCAAAAAGGGUGUUGUCGCACACCUGGCCUGUUGGACGGGCUCUGGCAAUUGACAGGAAAAACCGACUGGGUAGAACACCACGGCCCAUUGCUCCUCAACGAGUCUUUCAUCUUUACCUGUGGACACACUUUCUAAACGACCUACAUUAUGAUGUACCAACAAUUUUUCCCAGUGUCUGGGUAUUUUCCAACACUUCUGGAUCCUCAUUUCACCCUUUUGCACUAUUCCAUGCUCUGGGAGGCUGACCUGCAAAGCCCUUGUACCUUCCCGUGUGUUCAGCCAAUAACACCUAAGUCAGAGUAGUUUUACCACUUGCUCCUUUCCUGCUAGGUUUUGGUACUGGCUUCCUUCAGGCGGCAACUGGUCUGACAGCUGGAGUAUAUUUUAUACUUUGUUAAAAGGGCCUAGGAAAUAUAUAUUUUUAAUUAACGAGUAAGAUGAGGAUUAAUGGCAAUUUUAAAUUAAAUCUUAAAAAUG